GUCAGCUCCGGUUGCCGUGCUGAGUCGGAAGUGGGAACCCUUCGGCCCCUGGGACUCUGUCGUGUCGUCGCUGCUGGCCCUUCAGGCUCUGCCCCUCCCCCUAGGUCUGGAUGGAGGAUACUUUAAAGUGAAAUGACAGACCAGGAGAAUAACAACAACAUCUCAAGUAACCCCUUUGCUGCUCUUUUUGGCUCCCUGGCUGAUGCCAAGCAAUUUGCAGCAGUCCAAAAAGAGCAGCUGAAGCAGCAAUCUGAUGAACUCCCAGCCAGCCCAGAUGACUCGGAUAACAGUGUGUCAGAGAGUCUGGAUGAAUUUGAUUACUCUGUGGCUGAGAUUAGCCGCUCAUUCCGUUCACAGCAGGAAAUAUGUGAGCAACUCAACAUCAAUCACAUGAUCCAAAGGAUCUUCCUCAUCACUCUGGACAACAGUGACCCAAGCCUGAAAAGUGGGAAUGGCAUCCCCAGCCGUUGUGUGUAUUUGGAAGAAAUGGCUGUAGACCUGGAAGAUCAAGACUGGCUUGACAUGAACAACGUAGAGCAGGCCGUUUUCACUCGCUUAUUACUUCAAGAUCCAGGCAACCACUUGAUUAACAUGACUUCUUCUACAACAUUGAAUCUCUCUGCUGAUCGAGAUGCAGGGGAGAGGCACAUUUUUUGUUACCUUUAUUCCUGCUUCCAAAGAGCCAAGGAAGAGAUUACCAAAGUUCCAGAGAACCUGCUACCCUUUGCAGUGCAGUGCAGGAACCUCACUGUGUCCAAUACCCGAACAGUUCUCCUCACCCCAGAGAUCUAUGUUGACCAAAACAUCCACGAGCAACUGGUAGAUUUGAUGUUGGAAGCCAUCCUAGGAGGCCAUUUUGAAGGUGUAGCUGAGUUUCUGGAUGAGGUCAUCGAAGCCUUGAUAUUGGAUGAGGAAGUUCGAACAUUUCCAGAAGUCAUGAUUCCAGUGUUUGAUAUUUUAUUGGGUCGAAUAAAAGAUCUAGAACUCUGCCAGAUCCUGUUGUACGCAUAUCUGGAUAUUCUUCUCUAUUUCACUAGGCAAAAGGAUAUGGCAAAGGUUUUUGUAGAGUACAUUCAGCCCAAGGAUCCUAGUAAUGGACAGAUGUACCAGAAGACCUUGCUGGGAGUAAUCCUGAAUAUCUCCUGCUUGUUAAAAACGCCGGGUGUCAUAGAAAAUCAUGGCUACUUCCUGAACCCAUCUCGUUCCAGUCCCCAGGAGAUCAAAGUACAAGAGGCCAACAUUCAUCAGUUCAUGGCUCGUUUCCAUGAAAAGAUCUACCAGAUGCUGAAGAACUUACUCCAGCUCUCUCCAGAAACCAAACACUGUAUCUUGUCCUGGCUUGGAAACUGUUUGCAUGCAAAUGCAGGCCGCACCAAGAUUUGGGCCAAUCAGAUGCCAGAAAUCUUCUUCCAAAUGUAUGCCUCGGAUGCCUUCUUUCUGAAUCUGGGUGCUGCUCUCCUGAAGCUAUGCCAGCCAUUUUGCAAACCCAGAUCCUCUCGGCUCCUCACCUUUAAUCCCACUUACUGUGCCCUGAAGGAGUUGAAUGAUGAAGAACGAAAAAUUAAAAAUGUACACAUGAGAGGUUUGGACAAAGAAACCUGUUUGAUCCCAGCUGUGCAGGAGCCAAAGUUUCCCCAGAACUACAACCUUGUAACAGAGAACCUUGUUCUGACAGAGUACACCUUGUACUUGGGAUUUCACAGGUUGCAUGAUCAGAUGGUAAAAAUCAACCAAAAUCUGCAUCGGCUGCAGGUAGCCUGGCGGGAUGCUCAGCAAAGUUCCAGCCCUGCUGCUGACAACCUCCGUGAGCAGUUUGAACGACUGAUGACCAUCUAUCUUUCUACUAAGACCGCCAUGACUGAACCACAGAUGCUACAAAACUGCCUGAAUUUGCAGGUGUCCAUGGCUGUUCUCCUAGUUCAGCUGGCCAUAGGCAAUGAGGGCUCACAGCCGAUGGAGCUAACUUUUCCUUUGCCAGAUGGCUACAGUUCUUUGGCUUAUGUGCCAGAAUUUUUUGCGGAUAACUUGGGUGAUUUCCUCAUUUUUCUCCGCCGCUUUGCCGAUGACAUCUUGGAGACAUCAGCAGAUUCCCUGGAACAUGUCCUUCAUUUUAUCACCAUUUUCACUGGAAGCAUAGAAAGGAUGAAGAAUCCCCACCUAAGGGCCAAACUGGCUGAGGUGUUGGAAGCAGUGAUGCCCCACAUGGAUCAGACCCCAAAUCCCUUGGUAUCCAGUGUGUUCCAUCGGAAACGCGUGUUCUGCAACUUUCCCUAUGCAUCCCACCUUGCAGAAGCUCUAAUCAAGGUCUUUGUGGACAUUGAGUUUACAGGAGACCCCCAUCAGUUUGAGCAGAAGUUUAAUUACCGCCGUCCCAUGUAUCCCAUCCUCAGGUACAUGUGGGGAACAGAUACCUAUCGAGAGAGCAUUAAGGAUUUGGCUGACUAUGCCUCUAAGAAUUUAGAAGCCAUGAAUCCCCCACUUUUCCUCCGCUUUCUUAACCUGCUAAUGAAUGAUGCCAUCUUCCUUUUGGAUGAAGCCAUACAGUAUUUGAGCAAGAUAAAGAUUCAACAGAUUGAGAAGGACCGAGGUGAAUGGGACAGUCUGACUCCAGAAGCCCGCCGAGAGAAGGAGGCCGGCCUCCAGAUGUUUGGACAGCUGGCACGUUUCCAUAACAUCAUGUCCAAUGAAACAAUUGGUACCCUUGCCUUUCUGACAUCAGAGAUCAAAUCCCUCUUUGUGCAUCCUUUCCUGGCUGAGCGCAUCAUCUCCAUGCUGAACUACUUCCUGCAGCAUCUGGUUGGCCCCAAGAUGGGGGCCUUAAAAGUCAAGGAUUUCAGUGAAUUUGACUUCAAACCCCAGCAGCUCGUUUCAGAUAUCUGCACCAUCUACUUAAAUCUUGGGGAUGAGGAGAAUUUCUGUGCCACUGUGCCCAAGGAUGGACGUUCCUAUUCCCCAACUCUCUUUGCACAGACAGUCCGAGUCCUGAAGAAAAUAAAUAAGCCUGGGAAUAUGAUUGUGGCUUUCAGCAACUUAGCAGAGAGAAUCAAGUCUCUAGCAGACCUCCAGCAACAGGAAGAGGAGACCUAUGCAGAUGCCUGUGAUGAGUUCCUCGAUCCCAUCAUGAGCACACUGAUGUCUGACCCUGUGGUGCUGCCAUCUUCCAGAGUCACUGUGGAUAGAUCCACCAUUGCCAGACAUUUGCUCAGUGACCAAACAGAUCCCUUUAACCGUAGUCCCCUCACCAUGGACCAGAUCCGGCCAAACACAGAACUAAAAGAAAAAAUCCAACGGUGGCUCGCAGAGAGGAAACAACAACAACAAAAGGAGCAACUUGAAUAAAUACUGUGACCUAAACAAACCAAAAACCAACCCCAGAGUGUACAUAAACAAUUGUUUGUGGUUUCUCUCUUUCUGGUUCUGCUCCUUUCCUUUUUCUUGCUUUCCUUUUUUUUUUUUUUUUUCCUUUACUAAAUUAGAGAACUGCUGUUGCUCAAAUUAUGAUAAUUAAAAUUCCUAAGAACUUUACAAUGCUCCUGGCUUGCAGGAAAUUAUACUUCUUAUAGCAUCACCACAUUUAGAAACCAUCACUAAUUUUUACCUUGUUAUCCCUUCCUGUUCUUUCUUCUUCCUUUUCCUACCUAAAAUUACAUUAACUUCAACUACUAAAACCUCCUGCCACCUUACUGUUUCUCGUCCAAGAACUGCUCAAACAUCUUUGGUGAACACUGCUUUUAAGUAUAUGAUGUCACAUAUUUCAGUGACAGCCGAUAUCAGAAAGUCCUGUGUUAUCAAGGCAUUUACUAGUUUUUAUGACCCAGACUUCAGCCCUUUUCCUUGUUACAGCUCUGUAGUGUUACAGAAUAACCUUUUACAUAAAAGCAGAUACCUUGAUGUUUGAGUAGAUUUUUGAAUAUGAUAGAUGAGAUGCAAAAAGGAAUCUUAGGCAACUUUGGUUGGUACCUUGUAACUCAAAGAUACCUUGGAGGGCAAACACUCCCCAUGGGGUUGUCAUUACCACAGAAAACUUAGCCCUAUAAUAUUUUUAGGAGGAUUGGUAGAACAAAUUCACAGUUUUGACACUUUAUUCAGAAAAUUCUGAGGUAAAAAAAGAAGGCUGUUGGGCCCUUUUUAACUACUGGAAAUCAAGGACUAGGCUUGAACAGAAAAGCUAGGCAACAAAUAUUGUAACCAUGAAAAAUGUCAUUUGAAGACACAAUAUCCACAGUAUAUCUCAUUGUGUACACACACACACACACACACACACACACACACACACACGAUGUACUUUUUUAUACUGGUCUAGUAUAAACAGAGUACCACUUUAUGUUGUCUCUUCCAUGGUAAGAUGUAUGCAGUGUGUGGCCAUGUUUACUAACACUUAUUCUAGACAAAAUUCUGAGACUGUAAAAUGUAUAUAGUUAAUAGUUAAUGUUUGUUUGGGCUUAUGACUUGACUUCUAAGAGUUGCUUCUAACUCAGUCUUAGAUCAUCAAUUAACAGAGUAGGAAUUUGAGCACAACCUUGUCCACAAGCCAUUUUAAAUACCCGCUUAGCCCUAUGUAGUUAGUAGGUGGAUGGGCCCCACUUCUACAAGUUGAGCUUGAGUUCCCUACUCAAUUGUGCAGCUUAACAUGCUGAGUGAGGCACAUUCCCCUGUGGACUGUCUAUACCACUAUCCCUCUAAGCCUGAAAAUACAACUAACAAGAAAAGUGAUACGAUCUACAAACAGGAGUCAUUGUUUCAUUUAGAGGACAUUGUUAACCACAGCCUCUUUCAAAUAAGAUGGUAGUUUUAUGAUAUUUCAACACAAGUUGUUAUAAGCAGUCCUUGAUGUGUUUUUGGUGGUAUCAGUUGGAAACUCAAGUCAAAGGACAUCCCAUACUAGAUAUAAAGUAGAUAUUGCCUAUUGCUGUGCUUAUAAAGGAAGAAGUCUAGGACUCUCACAAAUGCCAGAAUGAAAGAUAGCAAUUCAUUGUGCUCCCUGGGCCUUUAAGGCAAAGGUUGACAGGAUUUGUUUAUUUUCUUAAAAUGAGCUUCGUUUCAUAUGUAUUAUCCUCCUUCACUUCUCUGAGAAUGAACUGUAUAAAAUAAGCGUCCAUCUCCUUGCAUUUAUCUUCCAAACUCAAUCUAAUAGGAUAUUUUCAUUUUUAAAAGAAGUGAGAAGACCAGAGUUUUACAGGAGGAAAUUGGAGGGGAAAACGGGCACAAAACCUCAGAAGGCAGCUGUUUCCAGCAGCUUUCUAGUUAACAACCUCUAUGCUGCCUCUUGUAUCUGUAUUUAGCCUUUAGAUUGUAAGCCUUUUCUGGCAAGUUUUUUUUGUUUUGUUUUGUUUUUAAACUUUUUCCUGUAACUUUUUAUGAAUGGCUGUGGCACCAUUACUGCUGCUGAAUGUCUUUAAACUCAUCACAAAGGCAAGUGCAUAGCUUAAGGCCACUAUUGGUAAGGAAACCAAGUGUCCUCUGUGCCUUUUUCCUUUCCUUGAAGUAAUUUAAGAACAUCCCAAAAAUGAGACUAAAAAAUUAUCACCUUGGUACAACAUGGUGCAUAUAUGCACUUGGAAGCUUAAAGAGGGGUUGUGUUGUUUGGAACUCAGAAGCAAGCUCUAAAUCUAUUAGAGCAGACUUUCUGACAUACUUAGUUUUAUGUGUUGGCUUUGCUAGAGUAUGAUAGGAAAAUGAAGACUUUAAUCAGCUCUAGUAUUGCUUACUAAGAGGGUAAUACUAAACUUGGAAAAUUAUUUAACUAGGUUUUAUCAAGCAAUCUGGGUUUAUUUGUUUUUAAUAUAGUUUUUAAUGGAUAUGUGAAAACUGAAAGAAAGGUCAAAGGCUUUUUAAUGGUGCAGGUGAAGGUGCCAGUUGCUAUUUGGUAUCACACUCUACAAAAGCUUCAUUACUUUAUUUGAUGCUGGUUGCUAAGCAGCCAUUGCAAGGGCCAUAAGUCUACUGGGUGCCUUUACAAGCCAGAAGCUAAUGCUGCACUGUUGAUGUCAUGUGAGGAAAUAAUGCACAUGCUCUAACUGCUAAACAGGAAAAGAAAAAGAACCUAGAAACAAAGAAAAUGAAGAACGAAAUGACAAAAAGGUUGAUUGAAAUAAAACUUGAUCAACAUAACUGUAUCUUGAAACAUUCCAGGAAGGUUACUUCUUGUCAAACUUGCCUGGGGGUGUUUGGUCAAAGCUUGUAUUUAAUAAAUGAACAUCUGACUUA